AUGCAGAGCUCCCUGCAGGCGUCCGUGCGGGAACUCGCGCUGGGGGUGUACUCGCAGCCUGACCGCUUCCUGCUCGAGUGCGUCCAGAACGCGGACGACUGCGAUUUCGAGGACGACGUCGAGCCGCAGCUGCACGUCACGUGCCGCCCUGGGGAGUACUUCUGGAUGCAGUGGAACGAGCGGGGCUUCCAGCCGGAGGACGUCCGGGCCGUGUGCGACAUCGCCAAGUCCACCAAGAGGUCCUCGGCGCGCGCGGCGACGGGCUGCAAGGGCCUCGGCUUCAAGUCCUACUUCCUCGUCUCGGGCACGCCGCACGUGCUGUCCCUCCCCUUCCUCUUCCGCUUCGACGCCGCGGCGGAGGUCCCGCUGCCGCACCUGACGCCCUGGCCGCUCUCGCAGGAGGAGCGCCAGGCCUUGCCGCGCCAGGUCCCAGACAGCGGCACGGCGGUGUACCUGCCCGUGCGCGACGGGGACGCCUGCGCCCUGGGCGUCCCGAGGCUCCCGCCGGUGGUGAUGCUCUUCCUGCGCCGGCUGCGACUGGUGAGCAUCUGGGACGUCAAGUCGACGCCUGGCCACGAGACCCGGCUGCGACUCCCUCGGGCUUGCAGCGCGAUCGACGAUAGGCGCGAGGAGUUCGACGGGGGCUUGGAGGUCUCGGUAGAGGUCACGGCAGUGGAGGGCGACGGCCCCGAGACGUUUUCCGAGCAGAGGUUCCUCCUGUUCCGCAGCGUCACCGCCGACGGCGUGGUGGAGGCCGCCUUCCCGCGCCGCGCCCCGGCCAGGGUGUCCGAGACGGCGGGCGCCGCCCGGGAGGACGCGGCGGACGCGCUGCCGGGCCGCCUCGGUGGCCACGGCGCACUGCCGCUGUGCGUCACGCUGCCCGUGGCGGACCUAGGGUUUGCCUUCGCCAUCAACGGCGACUUCGAGCUCGUCGCGAGCCGCGAGGAGGUGGACCGCUCGCUGACGCGGAACCUGAGCCUCCGGCGCGCCCUUACCGCGCUGUGGCUCCGGGCCGUGGGCGGCACGCCGGAGCUGCGCGGCAGCGUGUGGGACUUGCUGCCGGGCCCAGUGUCCAACCCCUUCUGGGCCCCCUUCGUCGCCGAGGUCUCCAGGGAAGUGCAUAGCUGGCCCGUGCUGCCCACCUCCACGCCGGGCGAGCUCCUGCCAGCGUCGCAGGUCCUGCGCCCCAGCCCGCUUAGCCGGGCUUUGGAGCUCUCGGGGCACCGGCUUCGCCUGGCGCUCGGGAUGGACUUCCUCGCGGACGACUUCGCCCCGAGCCCGGACACCAGGAGGGCGUGCAAGCCGUUCGGCCUGGCCCACCUGCUGUGCUACUUGGAGUCCAGCGCGUUCGACCCGUCGGCCCACGGCGAGAGCUGGCGCGACAGGCUGGUGAACGAGCUGCUGCGGGCGCUCGAGGAGGACCGCGCGGAGCUGCCGCUCCCGCUGCAGGACGUGGUCGCGCGCCUCAGGCGCGUGGGGCUGUUCCGCCUGUGCGGCAGCCCCGAGGCGGACUGGGCGCCAGCGGACGGCGGCGGGGACGCAGGCCGCAUCUUCACGCGUUGCAGCACCCCUUGGCGGCCUGCCUGCCUGCGCGUGCUCCGGUGCGAGGGCGAUGGCAGCCCCUCGGAGCCCAGCACCGCAGAGGCGAGGCUGCUCGGAUGGCUUGGUGGCGGGGGCGAUGCUGGGCCACGCGACGUAGCAUCCGCAGCCCUGCUCCACAGCGCAGCGCCGUGCCCCACGGACCUCGAGACCCUGCUGUUCCUGAGGGACCACUGGGUGGAGAUACUCGAAGGUGGCGGCUCGAAGGAGAACUCCCUCGCGCACCUCUCGGCCGACGACGUGGCGCAGUGCAUCUCAGGCGCCGUCUGGCUGCCCGCCAGCGAAGGCCACGCCGCCAUGCGGCCCGACGAACUGCUGUUGCCCAUGGCCCUCGGCCAGACCCUUUCGGAGGAUGUGCCUGGCUCGCGCGGGCCGCGGGUUGCCGUCCCCGUGCCGCGCCCCGGCGAGGGCGUUCGGCAGGAUGGUUCGGCCGUCCAGGAGACCUUGAAGUGGGAAUUGCUGCUUAUCAGGCUUGGUUCGCGCCUGCCGCGGGGCGGCGGCGGCCGCCUGGUGGACCUCUCAAGAGUGCUCGCGGGCGAGGACGAUGCCGAGGCUCUGGCUGCGGAAGUCUUGGAGGCCCACCGUGGCUGCGGCAGCGCGGUGGCGCUGAGGGACCACGCCUCGGUGACGUGCCUGCGCGGGGGCGAGGCCAGGCUCACGGUGACCUCGCCGCACGUCUUCGCCGAGGAGGCCUUCGGCGACUUCGCCGACGUGCUGCCGCUGGUGAGGGUGUCCCCGGGGCUGCGCGCCCCCGCGGAGGCGGCGCUGGGCAUCCGCUGCUCGCGAGACGCCGCGACGGCUGCCGCGUGCCUCCUCCCGGGCCUGCUGCGACCGUGGCCCGGGCUGCAGCCGCCCAGCCCCGCCGCGUUCGCCCGGGCCUAUCAGAUCGUGGCCGGCGCGAGCGCGGCAGAGCUCCGGGCCCCCGUGGCGGGCCCGCGGCCGGGGGCCCACGGCGCAGAGCGCACCGUCGUGGCGCACCUGCGGGACGGGCUGUGCCUGCCUGGCCGCGCGGAGCCGCUGCCGGCGGCCUCCUGCGUGUGGCAGAGCCGCUUCGAGGCCUCCGCCAAACUCUCGGGCUGGGUCGUGCUGGAGCCGCUCUUCGGCGAGGACCUGCGGGCCCUCUUCGUGGACAAGCUCGGGGUGGCGCCGCACCUCUCCGCGAGGGACGCCCUGCGCGCGCUGCAGGCGUUCGCCACGGAGGACGGCCAGCGAGGCGGGUGCUACACGACAGGAAGCCUGCCCUGGAUCCGCAAAGCCUCCUCGACAUACCUGCUGGACCUGGAGCGCGCCCUGGAGCGCGAAAGUCUGGAGAGCAUCGCUGCAGAGAAGUGGUCAGUGCCCAUUCUCAGUGUGGCGGCGCAGUGGGUCUGGUGUAGUACCGUCGCGCCGCUUGGAGCCCCGGCGGAGUGCGUCUUGGUCGAGGAUGCGGGAUCGGCUCCUGCCUUGGAGGUCGCCAUCGCUGCAGCCAGCAGUGCUCCAGACCCCAUCGAUGUGAGAGUGAUCUCUUCGAACGUACGCAAGGAAUGCCCCCUAGUCACGAGAUUGCUGAACCUGACGUUGGCUGGCGACGCGCUGCAGUUGUGGCUGUCUUCUUCCGACCCAAUCACCCCUGCGAAGAGGUGUUUUCCCAAGGGCUGGCCCAAGGACUCCCUUGUGCUGGCCACCCCCGAGAGCUCGCACAAGCCCUGCGGCCUUGCCGGGGUCACCAGCAUCUCUGUCGUGGACGGGCUGAGCCUAUCUGUCCGCCUGCCCACAGGAGGCGGCGAGGUAGAGGCGCGCUGGCCUCCGGGUGGGGUGGUGGUGUACGGCCCGUACGACGGCGCAGCCAUGCUGAUCUGUCGGGGCUGUUUGGGCGCCUGUCAGUUGCAGGCAUGCGUGGCGCGGGCUCUCGCGGCCCUGGUGCCACCGGGCGGCCCCCCCGAGGACGCCUGCAGGGAGCUCGUGCGCGCUUGGUGGCCGCAGAAGCUGCGCGACGCCACCGCGACCGCCUUUCCUCUCGAGGUGCCCGCGCAGUCCUUCCUGUCGGACCUGAGCGAACGAGGCGAGAAGCAGGCCCGCCUCCUCCGCUCCCCGCUGGCGAUGAUCCCGUCGGGUUUGGCAGUGUUCGUGUAA